AUGGACCAACAAACUUUAAUCCAGUUGGAACAGACAUUGGGUGCUAUCACUCAACCUAAUUCCGCCUCCGUUAAGGAUGCCACCAAGACAUUGCAAAGUCAAUUCUAUACUAAACCUGCUACGCUACCGGCUCUAAUUCACAUUUUGCAAGGCAGUCAAAAUGAUGCUUUGAAGCAAUUGGCUGGUGUGGAAGCAAGAAAAUUGGUUUCAAAGCACUGGAAAACACUAGACACUAACUUGCAGAACCGGAUCAAGGCUUCUUUGUUGCAAACUGCAUUCAGUGAACCAAAGGAAAUUGUACGUCAUGCUAACGCUCGUGUCAUUGCCGCUAUUGGUACUGAAGAGUUAGAGGACAACAAAUGGCCAGAUUUGAUUCCUAACUUGAUUCAAGCUGCUUCUGGUCAAGAUGCUCAAACUAGACAAACUUCAACUUUCAUUUUGCUUUCUUUGCUUGAAGAUUUUACACCAUCUCUACUGCAGUACGUCGACGACUUUUUGACUUUAUUCGGUCAAUUGACCAACGAUACUGCUUCUUUGGAGACCAGAUCUCUAGCAGCUCAAUCUUUGAACCACGUUUCUGCAUUGAUUGAAGAACAAGAACCUAUCAACCCACAACAAGCUGCUAAAUUCGCAUCUUUGAUUCCAUCUGUGGUUAACGUUUUGGAUGAUGUAAUCAAGGCUGAUGAUUCUGUGAACUCUAAGUUGAUCUUUAACUGUCUAAAUGAUUUCCUGCUAUUAGAUUCACAAUUGACCGGUAACUCCAUUAGUGAAUUGAUCAAAUUGGCAGUUCACAUUGCAGUGACUCCAGAAAUUGAUGAAGAUGUUAGAGUUUUCUCCGUUCAGUUCUUAAUGUCUGCUCUUUCUUACAGAAAGUCUAAAAUCUCUCAAGCUAAAUUGGGUCCUGAAAUUACCAUGGCUGCUUUGAAGGUUGCUUCUGAAGAAAUCGACAUUAAUGACGAAUUGAACAAUGAGGAUGAAGCAGCUGAAAACGAAGAGAAUACCCCAUCUACUACAGCCGUCAGAUUACUUGCCUUUGCUUCUUCAGAAUUACCACCUUCUCAAGUUGCUAGUGUCAUUGUGGAACAUUUGCCUGUCAUGUUACAAUCUGCUAAUGUCUUUGAAAGAAGGGCUAUUUUGUUAGCCAUCUCUGUUGCUGUCACUGGUUCUCCAGAUUACAUCUUGUCUCAAUUUGAUAAGAUCAUUCCAGCAACUAUUACUGGUCUUAAGGAUAACGAACCUGUGGUGAAAUUGGCGGCUUUGAAAUGUGUUCAUCAAUUGACUACAGAUUUGCAAGAUGAAGUGGCCAAAUUCCAUGAUGAAUAUUUGCCUCUAAUCAUUGAUAUCAUUGACACUGCUAAAUUCGUUGUGGUAUACAACUACGCUACCGUCGCAUUAGAUGGUUUGCUAGAAUUUAUCGCUUACGAUGCUAUUGCUAAAUAUUUGGAACCAUUGAUGAACAAAUUGUUCUACAUGUUGGACAGCAACAAGUCUUCCAAAUUGAGAUGUGCUGUGGUGUCUGCUAUUGGUUCUGCUGCCUUCGCAGCUGGUGCCGCAUUUAUCCCAUUCUUCAAGACAAGUGUACAAUACUUGGAGCAGUUCAUCCAAAACUCUUCUCAACUUGAAGGUAUGACUGAAGACGAUAUCGAAUUGAGAGCUUUAACUUUUGAAAACAUUUCUACCAUGGCUAGAGCUGUUAAAUCUGAAACAUUUGCUGAAUUUGCGGAACCAUUGGUUAACGCUGCCUAUGAAGCUAUCAAAACUGAUUCCGCCAGAUUAAGAGAAUCUGGUUAUGCCUUCAUUGCCAACUUAGCUAAGGUUUACGGUGAAAACUUCUCGCCAUUUUUGAAAACCAUCUUGCCAGAAAUUUUCAAAACUUUAGAAUUGGACGAAUAUCAAUUCAAUUUUGACGGUGAUGCUGAAGAAUUGGCUACCUUUGCUGACAGCGCUAACGAAGAAGAAUUACAGAACAAAUUCACCGUUAACACUGGUAUUUCUUAUGAGAAGGAAGUCGCCGCUGCUGCACUAUCUGAAUUGGCUCUAGGUACCAAGGAAAAUUUCUUGCCUUAUGUGGAACAAUCUUUGAAAGUUCUUACCGAACAGGUGGAAGAAUCUUAUGGGUUGAAAGAAACUGCUUUGAACACCAUUUGGAAUAUUGUAAGAGCAGUCUUGUUGGCAUCUAAAUUCGAACCUGAAACUUACCCCAAGGGUAUUCCAGCUGGAUCUUAUGUGGAUGCUAACGUGUUAGCGAUUAUCAAGAAUGCUAGAGAAAUCACAUUAACAGAUUUGGCAGACGAAUUCGAAACCUCUAUGGUCAUCACUGUUUUUGAAGAUAUGGCUAACAUGAUCAAACAGUUCGGUGCUAUUAUCGUCUCCGAUGGUGGUGAUUCUACCUUGUUGGAAUCUCUUUGUGUCCAAGUACUAAGCGUUUUGAAGGGUUCUCACACUUGCCAAACUAUCGAUUUGGAAGAAGACGUUCCUAAGGAUGAAGAACUUGACGCUUCAGAGACUGAAGCAACUUUGCAAGAUGUCGCUCUUGAAGUGUUGGUGAGUUUGUCUCAUGCUCUUGCUGGUGAUUUCGUUAAAGUUUUUGAAAACUUCAAACCUGUCAUCUUUGCCCUUUUCGAAUCCAAAUCUAAGAACAAGAGAUCUUCUUCCGUUGGUGGUGUUUCUGAAAUGGUCCUUGGUAUGAAAGAACAAAAUCCUUUCAUCCAAGAGAUGUUGGAAGCCCUUGUCAUUAGAUUAACUACCGAUAAGUCUUUGGAAGUUAGAGGAAAUGCUGCUUAUGGUGUUGGACUUCUAUGUGAAUACGCUAGUUUCGACGUUUCUUCCAUUUAUGGUGUGGUGCUAAAGGCCAUGUACGAAUUGUUGAGUACCGCUGACCAAAAGGCAUUGGUUGCUGAAGAUGAUGAAGUCACUAGAGAAAUUAUCGAUAGAGCUUAUGCAAAUGCUAGCGGAUGUGUGGCUCGUAUGAUUCUAAAACAUGAAUCUUUCGUUCCUCUAGAACAAACUGUUCCAGCUCUAUUAGAUCACUUGCCCCUAAAGACUGGUUUCGAAGAGUACACACCAAUCUUUGAACUGAUUAUGAAGCUGUAUGAGGCUAACAACGCAGUUAUCACCGGUGCUACUCCAAAGAUUGUAGAAAUCUUCGCCACAGUUUUCACUAAAGAAAAUGAAAGAAUCAAAUUGGAACAAGAAUCUACACUAGGUAGAGAGGAAAACAUGGAAAGAUUGAAACAAUUCCAAACUGAUGAAAUGAAGUUGAAGGUGGUACAACUUCUGAAAUAUUUGAAUAAUACCUACGGUGGAAUCGUUGCUCAGAACCCUGUGUUGGCUAGUGUAAUCGCUUAA